GACGCUCAUCGCAUCGCUUUUUUGUACCGGGCGGAUAUAUGUCCACUAACAAUCCCUUAGUAACCUGAGGGUGGAAUGAAGUGCUCGUAUUCAACCAUGCAAUUACACUGUGGUGGACGGACGCUGAUUGGCUGUAGCUUUACCCGGAAGCCAAUUACGAAUUGGGACGGAGAUACGUGCCAAUUGAAGUUAACGGCCAAGGAGCGCAUUGUGAAGUAAGCCGAAAAAGUAGUGAAAGCCGAUAAAUUUCAAGUACCUAUAAAUAUCUCUCCGUCGAUAAAAGCCCAAAGCUAUAUCUACUUUAUCUAGUCAAGUAUGAUUAAAGCAGUUGAAGUAGUAGAAGCAGUCGGAGCCCGUCCAUGGUACCAGCCAUUGCACUCCGAGUUGCACAAUCCUCUUAAUCCGUUGUUCGUUGAUGUUCUUAGCGUCUUGUUUGCUUCAGCAUGCUUACUUUUCACGAUAUUUCAAGUUGGUGGUCUUCUUAUUGAUAAACGGAUAAGGUAUUCAUUUGGAUCUUCAUUCAAGUUGGAAAGCUGUGGCCUAUUCCAAUGGGUUAAAUUGGGAUUACUUGGCUUUCAUUGUUUGCUAUUAGUAGGAUUAUCGCUAUCGAAUAUUGCCCCGGUUGCCAUAUUGGCUGCGUUGAUAGUUGGGUUUAUUCCUUUACAUCUAAUUGAACCUACUCGCUCAGUCAUUCCAUCUGCUUCCUUAUUGAUCUGGUGGAUUGGUCAUUUUGCGUUGAACUUGAUUAUCUUGAUCCAGGAUUCUUCGUCUUCAAUCAAAAUUUGGAAUAACAUCCCUAUACAAGCAACUUUAGUGGUUAAUUCCUUUUUGAUCUUCUACUUCGAAUUUGCCCACUAUAGACCAACGUCGGAAUUGGUUGAUUAUUAUCAUUUGAAUGACUGGGGGUUUGAUGAUCAUGACGUGAUUAGUGAAAUCACUUUUGGGUAUAUCCAACCUCUUAUAAAACAAACUUAUCAAGAAAAUGAAUUGGAAAUUGAAUCCUUACCAGAACUUCCAGAGAACAUCUCAGCUAAAGUUGCUUGUGACUUAUUAACCAAAAAUUGGGAAACUUCCAAUGGAUCUUUAAUUAAAGCUCUAUUGAAAUCUUUUGGUUUGAUCAUGUUCAAAACUUGUUUCUUUUCUUUUAGUGAAACUGCAGUACAAUUUAUUCAACCUUUUGUUUUGCAAAAAUUGAUUCAGUUCUUUGCUUCUUACUUGAAUGAGUCUCCUCAUCCUCCUUUGAUAAUUGGUUAUUUUUACAUCUCUCUCAUGUUUAUCCUUUCAAUUUCCAAAUUCAUCUUGUUCAAUCAAGCUUACAAAUAUGAAUACCAAGUUUCCUUCUUAGUGGACUCUUCCUUGACUUCCUUGAUCUAUAAUAAAUCAAUGAGAUUAUCAUCAGAGCUGAAAUCCAUAAAAUCAACCGGUUCUAUCAUCAAUAAUAUUACAAUGGAUAUUGGUAUAAUUCAAAGCUUCCUACAAAAUUUACAAAAUUACUUAGAAGCGCCAAUUGCCGUGGUCCUUAUUCUUCUCUGCUUACAUAAAAUCAUUGGGAAAGCAGUAUGGGGUGCUUUAUUGGCUGCAGUUGUUAGUAUCCCCGGUGCAAUAAUUAUAAAUUCCUCUUUUACCUCGACCGUGAAAAAAUGGUUGGCUGCAAAAGAUGAAAGAGUAAGCUUGACAAAUGAAAUAUUAACAACAAUUAAAAGUAUUAAAUUAUACUCUUGGGAAAAACCUUUACUUGAAAGAUUAAGACAUAUUAGAAAUGAAAAAGAAUUGAAAUCUCAAAAAAAAAUUGGUAUAUUAAGUGCUUUUGCUAUAUUCAUUUGGUCAUGUAUUCCCUUUUUCAUUUCUGUGGCUGCUUACUGGUCUUUUUCAAUCAUUUAUGAUGUCCCUUUAACCCCAGAUAUAGUCUUUCCUGCUCUUUCCUUCUUUGAUUUAUUAACGCAACCAAUAUUCGUAUUACCUAGUGGUAUCGUUUCCACAAUUCAAACAAAAAAUUCUUUGGCAAGAUUAACUUCUUUAUUAUUAUUAGAAGAAAACUUGAAUCAAGCUAACCAGUUAGAACCCCCUACUGAAAAUAAUGAAAUUUGUAUCAAUAUUGAAAAUGCUAAAUUCAUUUGGAAGAAGAAUAAAUCUAAUGAUGAAAGCUCUGAAAUUUUAGACGAAGAAGCUUCAAUUGAAUCUGCCAACCAUGUCGCUUUAGAAAUUGAUAAAUUUGUUGCAAGAAAAUCAAACCUUACCUGUAUAGUUGGUAAAGUUGGUAGUGGUAAAUCAACUUUUAUACGUUCUUUAUUGGGUCAAUUGGAAGUUUUACAAAAUCCAGAAACAAAAUUCGAAAUUGGUGGCUCAGUAGCUUAUUCUUCUCAAAAUCCUUGGAUUUUAAAUGCCACUGUUAAAGAAAAUAUUUUAUUUGGUUUUAAAUACAAUAAACUUUUUUAUGAUAAAACUGUUGAAGCUUGUCAAUUAAUACCCGAUUUCUCAUCGUUACCAGAUGGUGAUAAAACAACUGUGGGUGAGAAAGGUGUGAGUCUUUCUGGUGGUCAAAAGGCAAGAAUUUCUUUAGCUAGAGCUGUAUACUCAAGAUCAGAUAUCUAUAUUUUAGACGAUAUUUUGAGUGCUGUUGAUGCUAACGUCGGGAAGAGAAUUAUCGAGCAAGUAUUGAAUAAAGAUGGUUUGUUGGCUAAUAAAUCUGUGGUUUUAGCAACCAAUUCAAUCAAUAUGUUACAUGAAGCUGAUGAAAUCAUUUUAUUACAAAAGGGUAAAAUCAUAGAAAAAGGAGAUUUUGAAACUGUCAUGCAAAAUGAAAAUUCUUUAUUAUUUGAAUUAAUUAAAGAAUUUGGGAAACAGAACAAUAAUGAUGACAAUGGAUCGGAUAUUGAAACAAAACCACAAACUACAAAUGAGAAUACUUUAAUAAACUCAACGAAUGUUUCAGAUAUAGUUGACUCAAUCGAAGAUUUGGCUGAACACAUCAAUCCUUCAGGAGUUCAAAGAAGAUUUUCAAAUGACACUAUUGGUAAAGCAAGUAUCGUAUCUUUGGACUACGUUUACGAAGAUCAUGAAAGUAUUAAUUUAAAUAAGAAGACUGGCCACAGUAAAGAGGGUCUUUCAAAAGGAAGCGUGAAAUUUUCAGUUAUUUGGGAUUAUUUGAAAGCGUCAAAUUACAAAUUAAUUUUCGUUUACCUUAUAUUCGUUGCUGGUACUUCAUUCACAAACUUGAUGGUGAAGGUUAUUUUGACUCGUUGGUCUGAACAUAAUGCUUUAGUUGGUAACAAUGAGCAUUCAGGUCGCUACUUGGCCCAAUAUGGAUUGUAUGGGGUACUAGGUGGAUUAUUUGUUUUAGCAGGUUCUUUUAUAAUCUGGACUUAUUGUAUUAUUAAAGGUGCUGAAAACUUUCAUGAAAGGUUAGCUUCUUCAAUUUUAAGAUCUCCAAUGUCAUUUUUCGAAACUACACCCGUCGGUAGGAUUUUAAAUAGGUUUACUGAAGAUAUGAGUUCGAUUGAUAUGCAAAUCCCCUGGUUAUUAAUUGCCUUUGCCACAAUUUUAUUAAAUGCUGUCACAACUUUUGGAGUAAUAACUUAUAAUUUACCUUUUAUGUUUUUCAUUAUUCUAAUUUUAGGAUUUUUCUAUAACUUCAUACGACUUUAUUUCAUCCCUGCUUCAAGGGAAUUGAAAAGAUUACAAUCAAUUUCAAAAUCUCCUGUUAUUGCAUCAAUUCAAGAAUCUCUUAAUGGUGUGGAGACUAUAACUGCUUAUAAUCAAGUACAAAGAUUUUCCCAUAGAAGUAUGAAAAACAUUGAUACCUACAUUGGUGUUUCUCAUCUAUUACAAUGUUGUAAUAGAUGGUUAUCCGUUAGAUUGCAGUUCAUGUCAUCGUUGAUUUUGUUUUUAACCAGUCUUUUAAGUGUUUUAAGUCUUUCAAGUAAAAACCCAAUCAAACCUGCUUUGGUUGGUUUUAUCAUUAAUUAUGCAUUGAGUGUCUCUUCUCUAUUGAACUCAUUAAUUAGACAAUGGGCUGACAUUGAAACGCAAACAGUUACCGUUGAAAGAUUAUUAGAAUAUAUAAAUUUAGAUCAUGAAGCUGAAAUGAUCACUAGUUUCAGGCCUCCAAAUCAUUGGCCAGAUAAAGGUGCAAUCAAAUUUGUCAAUUAUACAACGAAGUAUAGAGAAAACUUGGAUCCGGUAUUGAAAAAUAUCAACCUUGAAUUCAAAGGUCAUGAAAAAAUUGGUAUAGUUGGUAGAACUGGUGCUGGUAAAUCUACAUUAACUUUAGCAUUGUUCAGGAUCAUCGAGUCUACUGAAGGGUAUAUUGAGAUUGAUGGUAUAAAUACUACUAAGAUGGGAUUGUAUGAUUUGAGACGUCAUUUAAGUAUUAUACCUCAAGAUUCACAAACAAUUGUCGGUACCGUCAGACAAAAUAUCGAUCCAUUUGAUCAAUACACCGAUGAUAAAUUGUGGGAAGUUUUGGAGUUGGCUCAUUUAAAAACUCAUGUUGAAAACAUGAAAACAGAACCAACCGAAAAGGAGAAAGAAGAAGCAGAAAAGAAGAAGAUUGCAUUGAAUUUGGGAGUUAAAUUAGAAGCAAGAAUUAGUGAAAAUGGGGGAAAUUUAUCAGCCGGUCAAAAGCAAUUACUUUGCUUAGCCAGGGCAUUAUUGAAUCCUUCUAAAGUCUUGAUUUUGGAUGAAGCAACUGCUUCAGUAGAUGUUCAAACUGAUAAAAUUGUCCAGGAAACAAUUAGAAGUCAAUUCAAAGACCGAACUAUUAUAUCAAUCGCCCAUAGAUUAGAAACUAUUCUUCAUAGUGAUAGAAUAGUUGUACUCGAAAAGGGAGAAGUUGCUGAAUUUGAUACUCCAGAAACCUUAUUAAAAGAUAAAAAUAGUAUAUUCUAUGGGUUAUGUAAACAAAGUAAUUUAGUAGACUAA